AAAUUUACGAAUUCACGUGGAAAUUACGUUCAUCGACGCCGGAACGUCCUGCAUUUCGUUUUCCCGUUUGUAUUUUUCGUAAAUUUCCGUCCCGUUCGCAAUGGUGAACGUACCGAAGCAGAGGCGCACUUUCUGCAAGAAAUGCAAGGUCCAUAAGUUGCACAAAGUGACACAGUACAAGAAGUCCAAGGAACGUCACGCUUCCCAGGGCAGAAGGCGUUACGAUCGUAAACAACAGGGCUUCGGUGGACAAACUAAGCCCAUCUUCCGUAAGAAGGCUAAGACCACCAAGAAGAUUGUCUUGCGUAUGGAAUGCUCUGAGUGCAAAUACCGCAAGCAGAUCCCAUUGAAGAGGUGCAAGCACUUCGAACUUGGAGGUGACAAGAAACGCAAGGGACAAAUGAUCCAGUUCUAAAUUAAAUGUUAAGAAAAGACCACCUGUAAGUUUGUAUUUAACAAAAAAAUAAAUACUUUGGUUGUAUUUA